CCUCUUUUGAAGAAAUAAUAUUUUGAAUCUACAAUUAUAGCUUACCUGUUACAGAGGCUUGUAAACUGUCAAUUGUCAAAAGCUUUGUCAGUUCUUUUAGAAAUAACUGUCAAUCCGGAAACAUGGCACCCCGGUUUGAGAUCGCAGUUGGUCUGCGAAAAGGCCACAAAACCACCAAAAUAUCUGCUGGCAAAAAAGGUAUCACAGACAAAGCCAUCAGAAUCAGACCCGCAAGACUAAAGGGUCUUCAAACAAAGCACUCCAAGUUCGUCCGCGACCUGGUCAGAGAAGUCGUUGGUCAUGCUCCUUACGAGAAGAGAGCUAUGGAGUUGCUUAAGGUAUCGAAGGACAAGCGCGCUCUCAAGUUCUUGAAGCGUCGCCUCGGUACACACAUCCGGGCUAAGAGGAAGCGUGAGGAGAUGAGCAACGUUUUGGUACAGAUGAGGAAGGCCGCUGCACAGGCCCAUCACGCCACACACGCCCAUUAAUAAAUAUAUUAUACUAUA